UCCCGAAAACCCGACAAGGUAAAAAAAUGGGAGAAAGCAUGAGCCAAGGCCAUAGAGAGGAGAAAGGGUUCGCUUAACAGCCAACGUUUUGAUUCGUCCUGUUACAGGCUUUAGGGUUUAAAUCAGGGGUUUUUUCCCCAUCAUCAUCAGCGAAUGGAUAGAUACCAGAAAGUAGAGAAACCAAAGCCUGAAUCACCCAUUAACGAGAAUGAGAUCCGAAUCACUUCUCAAGGCGCUAUUCGAAACUACAUCAACUAUGCUAUUGCUCUUCUUCAGGACAAGCAUGUCAAGGAAAUUGUCUUGAAAGCAAUGGGGCAGGCAAUCAGUAAGACAGUAGCCAUUGCUGAGAUUUUAAAGAAAAGAGUUCCUCGCUUGCAUCAAGAUACUGCGAUUAACUCAGUGAGCAUAACUGAUAUUUGGGAACCUAUUGAAGAGGGUCUCGUCCCUGUAGAGAUGACUCGUCAGGUCUCAAUGAUAUCUAUCACCUUGUCAACCAAAGAGCUGAACAAAAACUCUGUUGGGUAUCAAGCUCCACAUUAUGCUGAACAACCCAAGCCACAAUAUCAUCAUCAGCAGCAGCAGCAACCACCCAAUCAAGCUCGGGUCCCAUAUAAUGCUGUUAAUGAAGAUUCAUAUGGCCAAGGAAGGGGUCGUGGUAGAGGCCGAGGGAGAGGGCGGAGUUGGGGCAGGGGUGGAUACUCGAACUAUGGGGAUUAUCAAGAUAAUGGAGGAUACUCGAACUGGGGCAGAGGUGGUGGGCGAGGAAGAGGUUGGGGUUAUCGUGGUGCUGGUUAUGAAAGAGGUAAGGGUGGUGGUGGUAGAGGCUAUAGCCGUGGCCGUGGAAGGAUGGGUGGUGGUCGCUUGAGGGGUGGUGACUACUAAAGCAUAAUAAAAGGACGCAUAAAGCUCGUGUUAGUGGGAAAUUAUGGAAGUAGGUGUGUUUGUCAUAGCGUGAGAUUGUGGGUUGAAAUCUGGAGCGUUAUUAAGCAGUGGUUUUGUGUUUCUGUCUGGCAUUAUAUAUGGAUGAGGGAAACGUUUUUAUUUCGCAUUUAGCCAAGGCCAAGAGGAUGGGUUUAUGAUUUGUGCUGUAUUUGAA